AUGGCUGCUCCAGUCUCUAGACGUGAAGUAGAUAGAGGGAUUCGACAUCAACUAGAGUUUCUAUAUAGUAAAAUGACCAAUAACAAAUGUCGGGACUCUCAUUUUGGCCAACGAACGGUUGUUUUCCCCUUUCCUCUCCAACAAGGGUACAGCGGCCUAGGGAUUGCACCCGGGUUUCCAAACUCGGGUAAAAUAUUCGGGUACCCGGGUAGCCAUGUCGAUGUAUUGAUGAGUAUACAAAUCGGGUACCCGGGUAGCCAUGUCGAUCUUGAUGGUACGAAACCGGGUACCCGAUCGUCAAUAUCCUUGCUGACAUUUGGAGUCCCCUUUCAAAUCAUGUCGUCACUAUUCGAUGAUUCGGCUACACCUCAGGAAGAAUCUGAAGAAUUUUCCCAUACACCACUGCAUGUAAUUCCAUUUUGCCAAAUUACUAUCGAUGGAAUCGGAGAAGGAGAAAUAAGAACAGUUAUGCUGCAGAAACUUUGCAGACGGUAUGCUGCAGAAAUUUUGCAGAGUAAGCUUUUCGUUGUCGGCCAUUCUACGCCAUCAACUCAUAAAUCCUGUGAUCUUGGUAUCCUUAAAGCAGAAUGUUAA